AGGAGGCAGAGCGGGUUGUCAGUGCCCUGGUUUCCGGCGCCCGUGCUGGACUCGGCCGUGCACGGGAUGGCCGGGCGGACAGAUCGGGCUCCGCUGCUGGACUGGGCCGAGGGUCCGGCUGUGAGUCCCGAGCCCGAGCUGCGGACCGGGUACGGGGCGGGCUGGAGCCGCAGGCCGGUCGGUGAGCUGUCUCCUCUGCCCCAGCUGGAGGAUGAUCACAUCGCGGCCGUGUUCGUGGUCACAUUCGAUCCCCGCAGCGGAAAUAUUGUUGAAUGGUGCCGACCUCAGGACAUUGAUCUGGAAGGAGUGGAGUUCAAAUCUAUGGCCAGCGGCUCCCAUCGUGUGCAAUCGGAUUUCAUAUACUUCCGAAAAGGCACCUUCUUCGGCCUGGCAUGUUUUGCAAAUAUGCCUGUUGAGAGUGAGGUGGAACGAGGAGCCCGUAUGAAGUCUGUGGGAAUCCUGUCACCGUCCUACACACUCCUGUACCGCUACAUGCACUUCCUGGAAAAUCAAGUCCGACAUCAGCUUGAGAUCCCAGGACACUAUACUCCCCUGGAGGCCUUCUAUGAAGACAAGAAGGGGGUCCUGCCAGUGGGUGUCAGUGCCCAAAACUGCCAACCUACCAUACACUGGCUGCCUUCUCUACACCGACAUCUGUAUCCAGAAAUGAAGAUAACACACCCAGCUGGCUGCAUGUCACAGUUCAUUAAGUUCUUUGGGGAGCAGAUAUUUGUGCUGUGGAAGUUUGCACUGCUGCGAAAACGUAUCUUGAUAUUCUCACCUCCACCUGUUGGCGUGGUCUGCUACAGAGUAUAUUGUUGCUGCUGCCUGGCUAACGUCACACUGCCUGGCAUUGGGAUGACUGCCCCUGAAUCCAAGCCAUUCUUCUAUGUAAACGUGGCUGACAUAGACACCCUGGACGAUGAAAUUUCUUACGUGGCCUGUACAACGGAGAAGAUAUUUGAACACAAACAAGAUCUGUAUGAUGUAUAUGUAGACAACCAAAAUGUGAAGACUCAUUUGGAGCACCUGCAGCCCCUUCUGAAAGUUAACAGUGCAGACAAAGAAAAGUACCGGCGGUUAAAUGACCAAAGGCAGCUGCUCAUGUACACACAAGAAGUGGAUGGCGAUUGUGGUUCCUGUGAGGAGGACCUUUUCAUCCUCUUUUUCAUGGAACAGAACAACAGAAUUUUCCAAAUAUUGCUAGAGGUGGCUUCCAGCCAAGACAAGACUCUGACAGCUGAGCAUGCUCGCAGCAUGGGCCUCGAUCCACAAGGCGACAGAAGCUUCCUACUGGACUUGUUGGAAGUGUAUGGCUUUGAUGUCAUGCUGGUCAUUGACAACCCCUGCUGCCCGUGACUCUCACCCUGGGACCUCUGAAGUUUUCUUUUCUCUUGUAAUUCACCUGUGGAUAUGACCCCUACUUGCAGCUACCUUACUUUACUGGUUGAGCUACUUGUGGGAAGCCCUGAACUUGCCUUGAUAUCUGUCUCUCAUAAGACGUGCAAUAAUAUCAUACCUUUAAAAUUACAGGGAAAAAACAAAUUCAACUGUUAAUGUACUUUGUCAAGAGUUUAUCAUAUUGAUCAGGGCCGUAAUCUGAUCUUGCUCUCUGUAUUUUUUUAAUUUAAUUUAAUUUUGAAAAACUCCGUUAAAGCUCAGCAGUGGAAAACUUAAAUAUUUUUCCUUGCCGGCUAGGACCUUCUCGAUCCACUAUUGACGGUUUUCAUGGAACCAUUUGAAAAUCAAAACUUGAAACUUAUCAAUCUUUCAUCUCUAAAAUAACGUGUCCCUGGAAAAACAAAACGCAUCGAUUUCCUGUGAAAAUUAAGCUUGUUUUGGUCUCUGUAUUCAAACUGGUCAACAGCAGGAAACUCUAUUACACCAAUGCUAUGCAUACAUUAGAGGGUGUGCAGUGGGAAAUUGGCUACUCACUAUUACCUGAAUUAUAUGAUCAUCAGAGCAUUUGAGUCCAUAAGGUGUUCACCUGAAAAUAUACUGUGUUUUAUUUGGCUCAGAUGUCCGGUUCCAAUUGUAAAGCAUUUUUUAAAAAUCUAUUUUUUUUUCUCUCCCCUCCCCCCCUCCGCAUAAAUAGAAGGCAUUCCAGUCUGCGUGCACUCCUACUGUGUAAUGUAAAUUUGAACUCUUUAUUUUAAAUAUCAGAGGCAAGAUGAUUGUCUGCUGUUAUCCUCAUUUUUCUGUGAUGUUAGUGGCUUAAUGUUUUCUUCCCUUAAGUAAUGUGGUAACCUGGACCAACUGAAUACACCAAGACUAUUAAAGAACUUUUUAUGUUUUCAGUGGCUCAGAAUAGGAAUGGAAGUGACAAAAACCCUCUGGAUUUUCCUGCUUGUCUUUAUUUGUUUACGUGUGUAACUUCUGAAGAGACAUUUGGAAUAUAGAUCUGAUAUGAAGGGUAGAGUUAACUUAAUGGGAUGUUUAAACCAUGAUAAUAUGGUACUAAAAAUCCUUUUCUUUUUAUUUAUCUUGUUAAAGAGGACCUGUGACCUAAAACACACUUGCCACACAUCUAAUUUUUAUAUUUUCACCUAAUUGGUCUCUAUUAAUUAACUGUAAUUAACCACUUGAAAUCACCUCUGGCUUCUCAAAUUUUUUAAUUUUUUUUUUUUUUUUGGAUGUUGCCAUAUAAGAUUUGUAUCCACAAAUUUUAAAUCCUCAGACAGCACGUGAUGUGAGCAACCAUUCCAAACCCGAUUUUCAAAGGACCACUCCACACUGAAAAUCAUAAAAUAAAAAAGAAACACUAUUUAAUAGAUAAUUAGCAUAUAUAUACCCUUAAUUAAUACAUGCAGGCAUUUUUCAUGAUGACCAAGGAUGUGUGCAUGGUGAUGUUUACACCCUGGCUAGCAUUGUGCAUGGGAGUUAUCCGACACCACAAUUAAUUUCAGGGGAGUAUCUGGCACCACUUCUGUUAGCUCCACUCCGCAAAUGAAAAGAGCAUCCUCACCAGCUGUUUGUUAGACAGACAGAAAGACAUCUCAAAAUCUACUUGUAAAAGUGCUGAUUUCUCAACGAAAUCUGCACUUUUAUAAACUGGCAUUUAAGACAUAUACAUAAGCUGAAGUGCUUUGUGUGUGUGGGGAGUGGUCCUUUAAGCAAAUAAGCUGAUUUUCUCCCAGCAUUCCAUAGUGCAGAGACGUGGAUAUGUGGGGACUUUGUACAUAAAUGAUGUACCAACAGCAGCUGCUGGGAGAAGUAGGAAGGAAAAUUUGAUGCUCAGAUGAGAACAUUCAUGUGAGACAUCAUAGCAAUAAAAGUAACUCUAACUCACACUGUUUGUUUCUGUAUGUCUAUAAAACCACUCCCUAAUAAGGCAACUUAAUCCUGUAACAUACAAUAAAAUGUCAGUGCACAGGGCUUGCUUGAUUUUAUGAAUUGGGUAUCAUGGGAAAGUUAAUUUGCUUGAAAUUAUGUGCCUGUGAUAUCAGAAUACAGUGAGAUAAGACUUAAAUUAUGUAUAUGUGAUCGCUACUUUUAUAUUAAUGCAUUCAAAAAUACUAUGAAAUGUGACCUUUAUCUUUGAAUCUCUGCUUGCAAUUGAUAGCAUUGGAUCAUCGUCUGGCCUUUAAUGACUAAUCUGUUUGCGACUGUCUUUUACAGGCUCUUUAUUUUCUUUGCAUUUUCUAUUGAGCCAAUUGCUACCUAGUUGACAUGUGCUGUGGUGACUCACACAGAUGCACACAAUUUAGUGUGACAUGCGUGUACUUGUGACUUGAGAGGUUGGCUGAUGUCCGUAAAAGGGGUAGAGUCUCCAUAAUUAAAACUGGGACCUCUGUGACUCUCUAGAUGUUUGGAGGGACUGGAGUGAAAGCAGUUGUCUACGAACACACUACUGACAUGCAAAUGUGACAUGGUGGCACUUUGUAACCACUAUGGCCAGCAUAAUGUAUGCUCUAUAAAUGUGUAGAUGAAGUGUAACUUCUGGUUAAAUAAAAAUAUAGCUAUAGCCUUGGUCACUGUAGCAGAAACCUUUGAGAUACGGCAGCUGCGCACGCUCUGCAUUGUGCGAAUGUGCAGCCCAGAUCAGAAAGCUAAAGUAAGCAUAGCAUUUAAUCUAUACAUUUGCUGGGGAUUUUGUAUAGAUGAAAUGCAUUUAACUUGUAAGGGGAAUGCGGUCAUCUGCACGUUAUGGUGUACAUAGAUCUUCUUUAGCAUCAUUAUCUUCAUGCUUAAACUUGCCCCAUUGUGUAAUAAUGUUAGAAAAUUAAAAAUAGCCGUUCUAAUUCUGCGUUCCCAGAUGCAUGGUUAAUCUUUGCAAUUUUAACUCGUUUUGUUUGUUUUGUCCUAUUUUGUAGUAUCAUUUGUAAAAUCAAAAUGUCCAUUUUAUCUAGAAAUUGUAGUUUGCACAGGAAAGGGGGAAAGACUAAGAGUUCUACUUUUGCCUUCCCAUUGCUUUAGUGAACUAACAGUUGGUGAACCUACAUGACUGCUUGAACACAGGUG